AGACAAGGUAGAUCUAGACUCUAUGGACUAAUGGAGGAACUUAGCUAACUCAGCCCAUUUAUUGUUCUCUCAUAGACCUAGAUCUAAUCUAGAUCUAGUAUAUUUAGUCUAGAUUCUUGUACACCUAAAAUGAAGAGUACUUAAGUUAACUGUCAUAUCAAGAUAUUAAAGAAUGUAUGUUAUGAUAAAGUAGACAUUGACUGUCCUACAGAGGAGUCAUGGAUGAGCUAAAUGAAGCUCCCUCUACUUCCUCCAAAAUGGACCUCCAUGACCAAACCUUUGAAACAGCUGAUGACUCAGAAGACAAUGUCAACAUAAAACUUCCAGAGCAGCUUCAAAAAAUUGUUCCGGCAGAGGAGUUUGUUAGUGUUCGGCAUCGCUGGAAUACUAAUGAGGAAAUAGCCUCUAUCUUGAUUGCAUUUGAUAAGCAUAAAGAUUGGCUUGUUUUGCCGCAGAAAAUAAGGCCAGCCAGUGGAUCUAUGCUAUUGUACAACAGAAAGCUUGUAUUUUAUCGAAGGGAUGGAUACUGUUGGAAAAAGAGACGAAAUGGUAGCACAAUCAGGGAAGAUCACAUGAAGCUCAAAGUUCAAGGUCUAGAGUGCAUUUAUGGAUCCUAUGUACAUUCUGCUAUUUUGCCAACCUUUCAUAGACGAUGCUACUGGCUAUUACAGAAUCCGAACAUUGUGCUCAUUCAUUAUCUGAAUGUUCCUUACCCUGAGGCUGCUAAGCCGUCCAUACCAUCACUAUCUUAUGAACUUAGGCAGAAGGACUGGACCAAAGAGGAACUGGUUGAUCAACUGAGACCCAUGUUGUCUCAGGUAACCCAAGGUACAGAACUGGAUGUUGAAGAAGACCAGAAGGUUGAGAAAUUGCUUGAAGAAAUUCUGCCUUUCUUGAUGCCAACACAGGAGAACAACAAAAAUGCUCAAACCUUGCAAAGGUUAACAAGGCCCUUGGCCCCUGCCCCCAUGACAGCCACACACUUAACUGUAACCAACACAGUAUCAUCUUCCCCCAUUUCCUCCACCACUGCCUCAUUAAAAAGGCCUGUCAGAAAGCAGCUUCGUACAGAUGAACCUCAGCCUUCCUGUAACCUGGAAUCAUUGCAGAACAUGGGAUUGGUACCACAGGGUGUUUCUCCAUCUCUGCUCCCACAGCAUGUGAUGCUAGCUCCUCAGCAAAGCCAGUCCCUGCAGCAGCCCCAGUGUUCUGUUCCCAACUUUCAUUCCCUCAAUGGUCAUAGUUUUUUGCAGAAGAACAGCCAGUCUCCCCUCAUCAUUAGUACAGCAGCAGGGCAUAUUUUUGGAGCAGAAAAUCUCAUGCAAGGCAGUGGAUCAAGCUUGCCACUAAAUCAACAGAAAAAUAUGUCUGAUGUCUUAAACCACAGCUUGGCAAGCACCAUCAACACUCCCAGGUUUGUGACCAUUGGACCUGACAUGGGAGUGACCAACUCCUCAACUGCCUCUUGCAAUGAGACUGUCAGCAGUAUAGGUAUGGCCUACACUCAGUCCAAUUUGUUGCCAGCUCUUUCCCCCUUCUCAAACAAGGCAGUUAAUAGUUCAACCUUUCCUACAAACCCAUCACAUAGUUCCAGCCCAGAAGCACCUUCAUCAUCACCAAUUAAAAAUGAAUCUCAAACCAGUAGCGGAGCUGAGAACAGCUUUCAUUUCCCUCAGCAGCAUCUCUAUCAACUUGUUGCUCAACAGAAUCAUUCCUUCCCACAAGACAACUCUCAGCCGCAGCAGAUGCAGCAGCAUGGUCAGGGCCAGACCCCAGUAUUGACAUUGCAUCUGAAACCUUCUGGCAUGACAUCCCUAGAGGGACCUGGAUUUGUUCUCAGUUUACAGGGUGCUACCAUUGUCUCACAGCAUAAAGAUCAACCUGAGUUAUCUUCCUUUACUACAAAUUCAUCAUCACCAUUAAGUUUUUCAAACAACCAAGGAGUUGUUCUCGUAGCUAGUCAAAGUCCCACUGGGGGUCUGGUGCUGAACAGAGUCUCACCUAGCUUUCAGCCCAUCACAUCAUCAUUUGCCAUGACCACCUCCUCCAGCCAGCAGAGUUUCUCCUCCGCAAACGUGUGUUCUUCUGAAUUUGUCAUCUCCACAGCAUCUCCAAUGACAAGCUCACAUUACACCCAGCCCCUCACUCUUAGUGACAACAACCUGUCUCAGGGGUUCACUUACUCCACGCCUGCAGUGCAGAAAUCUGGAAACCCACACGUGAACCCUUUUUCUGACAUUUUCUCCACAACCAUGACUAAUUCUAAACCAUUCCCAGCUAAACUUGACAAUGAAAUGUUCCCUGUAAAUAGUAGCAGUAUCCAGUUUUCUGGACACUAUUCUGAUUCCAAAGAUAACAACAUAGGGCUUCAGGCUUCAUCGUUUGACUCUUUGAGGAAAGAGAUCUCCAUGGCCAGCUACGAUAGCAGUAGCUCUGUCAUGUCUAGUCUGGUGCAACCUAGUUACACAGGAGCCGUGUCUGGGAGCUCCACAUCACCCUCCACAGUAUUCUGUCUCCAGCAGAACAUAUUACAGUCCCAUCAUCCUCAGACAGUGUGUGAUAAUCAUCAAGCCAAACAUGAUACUGUAGACCUUAUGGCAGGACCAUCAGGCAACAUUUGUGUCAAAGAUAUGAUCACUAAUCCCAGUUCCUGUGAUACACUUGAUGGCAGCUUUUCCUCCCUGCCCAGUGCUGAUCUCAACCUAGAUGACCUCUUGGACCUCAAUGACCUGGAUGAUGUGUCAGAUCUUGGCUGUUCCCCUUUCACACCAUCAGAUAUCAGUGAUCAAGCCCUGGGCAACAGUGAUUUAGUCCUUUGUGAUCAAACUGGCUCUGGCAGUGGUAUAAACUUAAGUGUUCAAGGGCAAGAUGCUAUGUCAGGCCAUUUGUCUCCCUUUGCUUGUGAUCCAUUGGGAUGUCAUCAGCCCUCCUCUUCCCAUCAAACCCAGUCCCCCCACCUCCAGCUCAAUGCUUUAAACAAUCAGGGUAGAAACACUGUUGACCCUGAAAUCAAUUCUGUGAUAAAAGACUUCAGCCCUGACUGGGCUUAUACCAAGACUAAUACCAAGAUUCUUGUAGCGGGUCCUUGGGUGAGUCAAGAUGCCUGUUAUACAUGUGUGUUUGAUGGUGAACACGUACCAGCUCUCCUGCUCCAGCCUGGUCUGCUCAGAUGUUACACACAGUAUCAUCCUCCUGGCUUUGCAACUCUCCAAGUGGCUAGAAAUGGAGUCAUCAUUUCCAACUUAGAAGUUUUUGAAUUCUGUGAUAAAGAGCAACGUGAUGACAUUUCAUUUCAUCCGGAGUGGUUUGCUAUCGACUCUAACCAGUUAAAACAACUUUUGCUGGAAAGAUUAGACCAUCUUUGUAGACACUUUGUCCAAUCUGUAUUCACUCUCCCAGAUAUUGGCUCUGUUGACAAUGAGACUUUGGAGACACUUCUGGUCCAGCAAGUCCAGUCUCUAUUAACUCAGAGAUGGUCAGAUUCUAACUUGUACCCCAAAGCUGGGCAACACAAUCUCACUUUACUUCACCUUGCCUCAGGUUUGGGCUACGCCAAGUUUAUUUCUUGUCUCAUCCGCUGGAGAAUGGAGAACACCAGUGUGGCUUUAGAAUUUGAGAUUGAUGCUCAAAGUGUGGACAGCCAUGCUUGUACACCAUUGAUGUGGGCCUGUGCUCUAGGUAAAAUUGAUGCUGCCUUGACUCUCUACCAUUGGAAUCCUUCACCUUUAAAAAUGUGCAAUAAAGAUGGUCAUCUUCCUCUGGCAUUGGCUAGACAGAGAGGACAUUAUAAUUUAGCUAAUCAGGUUGAGCAGCUGGAAAGAGCUAAAGAACAACUCAAGGAACAAAGUUCAUCCUCAGUGAUGGACACAACAUGCUUGCAGACAUCACUCAUCUCCAGUCAUCCAAUGGCAACUGCCACGGAUUAUAGGCCCAUAGCUGAGGACAGGAAAGAUGACUCGGAACUUAAAGAUGAGCUGACAGUUCCACCAACUUCUUUCCCUAAGCCUGGGAAACCAGGUCCUAAGCUGAUACGACGUUAUAGCGAACAGGUUAUUAGUCAGCAGAUUAGGACGCUUAGUAAAAGAAACUCAAUAGAUAUCCUUCCAAGUGGACAAGAUGUAGAUCACGUGACCAUCCCAACCAUUGGCUCUCCCCUGGGGCAGCCUGUUAGAGAAACCAACUCAGAGCCCCACCUUCCAGUUAGUCCUGACAUGGCGUUUGUUGCCCCGCCUGCUCCAAGACUUCUUUUGGAGGACGAGAUAGAUGAACCCACUGUGUACCCUGCUGAACCAUCCACCUCAAAAAUGGACACGGAUGAGGUGUGUGCUCGUGCCAAUAGUCCAAUUAUAGAUGUCGAGAGGAUAUCAUCAGACGAGGAAGUUGAUUCUAAUAAUAAAGAUGGAUCCAAGCACCAGAUGGUGACACUGGCCAAUCAGAUCAUUGCAGCCAUUCCAGAGAGGAUCAAGUUAUCUCCCCCCAAAGGGGAUGAUGUGGAUGAUGCAUCAAGCGGUCGAGGCAGAAGUGAAUCCCACAGUUCACUUCCAUCACAAGGUUCCCCCCGCCCUUCCUCUUUUGGUGAUGACUCUGGAAUAUCAACACCAAUGACUGACAGUCUUGCCUUUGAAGAAUAUAGAUACCCAGAGUUUGGAACUCCUGCGUCCAGUCUUAGUCCAGACUCUACAUGCCUCCCUAGUCCUUACAGUCCCUACAGCUUUACACUGGAUUCCCCUCCACCCACUACUGCAGAGUUCACCGAGUACUUCAAUGCACCAACAACUUACAUGGAGAAGGAUUUCUCUCAGCUGACCUUAUCUGACCAAGAACAGAGGAAACUGUAUGAGGCUGCCAAAGUCAUCCAAAAUGCCUACAGACACUACAGGGAUAAACAGCAGCAGCAGCAACAACAGCUCCAGCAGCAGAAAGAGAUAGAAGCUGCUAUACUCAUACAGAGCUACUACAGGAGAUAUAAGACGUAUGCCUAUUACAAGAAGAUGAGCCAUGCAGCAGUUCUCAUUCAAAACCAGUUCAGGACUUACUAUGCCAAGCGCAAGAAGCGUGGAGACACUGGUGCCACGCCCAGGAGAGAAUCUGAGAGAUUGAAGAAAGGCAGAAACCAGUCUGUGAUUAUACAACAAAGAUUUAGGUCUCAUUAUCAGAGAAGGUCUUUAGAUGGGAAAGAAGGUAUAGGUCAAACACCUGGAUCUGGAGAGGCACAUGACAGCUCCCCUCCUCCCCCCAAAGGAAACUUCCCAGAUGAAAGUCCUCAAACUGAAGUGGAGGCUGAAUCAGGAAGGCUGACACCAAAGUCAUCAGAUAUGAGGGACACGGGCAGGGAGUUUUCCACUGAAGACAUUAGGAAUGUCCAGCCAGGCAAGGUGGAUGGAGGGGAUCAGGAGGGCUCGUGCUCUGGUGGAAAGGAGGCCUACAUGCCCAGCAGAACAGGAGACAGUGGCCUGGGUAAACCUGGUGACAGUCUUGGUGACAAUCUUACUGACAGUGGCUGUGUUAUUGACAAUGAUGAUGACUGUGGCAUCUUCAAGAUGGAGUAGUUACAACACUAUAGGUUGAACCAAGUCUUUAUUUUCAGCUCUAGCCAAUGACAACUUUUAGACUAACUCCUUCGAACUAAAAAUGAAGAUACUUAUGAAACCUGAUUGACGCACAAAUUCAAAAAGUUGCCAUUCCUUUAAAAUUAACACUUUUGAAAACAAUAAAUAGAAAAAAAACAUUUUUGUAUUGAUAUAUAAUGAUAUAAUAUUCAGUGCCAUAAGUUACGAUUGUAUAUAAUCUUGUUAAUUUAUUUCUAGCUAUAGAUAAGUAACAAAUUUAUUACCCUUACUAUUAAAUAAGUCUUUGAGAAUUUUGAUGGUCGAAUUGUAUUUUGCUCUUAACAAAUGGAAAACUCACUAUUCCAAGUUGGUAUUAUUGUAAGAUUAUAGCAUCUAUUUUAUUUGAAUGCAUUUGAUUACAUUACAUAUACCACUUCCAUUGACUGUAAUUGAUGGUUUUCAAUAUUCUGAGAAUCAAAGUCUGUCACAUGAAAUAUUUUGGCAUGGUCAUUGAUCGCUGGUGAAAAUCAUGCUAUCAGUUAAAGAUGAUCAAAGAAAAGUUAAUUUAGUCACACAAUUUUUCAAUAUCAUACAUUAUUAUUUGAAACUAUAGAAUGGAAGACAGACAAGAACAUUUCAGAAAUAGAUUGCCACUUAAUUUUGACAAAUGGCCACUUUCAUAAUGUAAAUAUUGUAAAAAUGCAUAGGGUACGUUUAUAUUUUAUACAAUUCCACACAAAGUUUGUAGGGCAUAAAUUGUUUUCUGAAAUGUGUUUGCUUUGUAUAAUUCAAAGAUCAUAUUAUUAUUUAUAUAAGCCUGUACCAUGUACACACUUAAAGGAAAUAAUUUUGUUAUAUAUUGUUCAUUGUAAAGUCAAGUCCAUUUUCAAUGUUUACAUUUCAUGUCUGCUUGCGCCAUUUUGCCAAAAUAGUGUAUGCUUAUUUAUUUGUAGAAACAAAUUGUGACACUUGAAUUUUUUUAAAAAAAUUAAUCACUAGUUUACUUACAUAUACAUCUAGCUCUUGUGAGCAGAUAGGAUUAGCCGAGUUAAAACUUUUAGAUGAGGAAGGUCAAGCAUCUUAAGCAAUUUUCAUUUGUUAUCCUUAAAUUACAACGUUUACUGUUUGUUUCACCUGUUUAGUUUAUACAUCACAUCUUUACGCUGAUCUUGAAACUUCAAAAGAAUAAGUGUUUGUUUUUUUUUAUAGGCCAAUUUAACAAUUAAAUUUUGAUGACCUCAAAAAUAUUUUGACUAGUAUUGUUCUCUGCCUAGGUUCAUUGAACAUUUGUAAAUUCCAGUUCCUUACACUGACUCAGUAACUUGUUUACUCCUC